AUGCCGACCGCCAAGUGCACCCGCCGUGGCUGCGGCCAGACCUUCAACCCGGACGACAACGACUCGCCGGCGUGCAGCUUCCACCCGGGUGCUCCUGUCUUCCACGAGGGCCUCAAGAGCUGGAGCUGCUGCUCGGCCGUCAACAAGCCCGUGACCGACUUCGACGACUUCAUGAAAAUCCCGACCUGCGCGACCGGCACCCACUCGCUCGAGCUCGCAGAACCGCUCAAGCCCGUUGUGGACGCCUCGGCGCCGGCGCCCUCCUCCACCUCGGCCGACGGCAAGGAGGUCUACGGCGCAGCAGCAUCGGCGUCGACCAAACCAGCGUCGGACCUCCCGCCAUUGCCGCCCGCCCCCAAGCUCGCCCACCAGGACGCCGUCAAGGCGCCCAAGUCGACCGAGUACGUCGAGGAGCAGGACGACCCGGACGUCGAGCUCAAGAAGGGCAUGCGCUGCAAGCGCAAGGCGUGCGGCGCCGAGUUCGACCACCAACAGCGCGAGGCGGGCGAGUGCACCUACCACCCGGGCGUCCCCAUCUUCCACGAGGGCUCGAAGGGCUACUCGUGCUGCAAGCGGCGAGUGCUCGAGUUUGACGAGUUCCUCCGCAUCGAGGGCUGCCGCUCGGGGCGCCACCUCUUUGUCGGCCCCAAAAAGGUCGACGACGGUCAGGAGGAGCUCGUCGACUGCCGCACCGACCACUACCAGACGCCGAGGACCGUCAUCGUCAGCGUGUUCGGCAAGCAGGCCGACAAGGACAAGAGCGGUGUCAAGUUCGAGACCGAGGCGAUGCACGUCGACCUGAUCCUCCCCUCGCGCAAGCGCUUCACCAAGUCGUUCCCGCUGUACGGCCCGAUCGACCCCGCCGCGUCGACGUUCAAGGUCCUCGGCACCAAGUGCGAGAUCACGCUCGCAAAGGCCGACGCGCGCUCGUGGCCGAGCAUCACGACGCUCGACCCGGACCUCGCGAGCAAGUUCCAGAUCCAGCUCGCCUUCUCGGCGGGAGGAGGGAGGGGCACGGUCGGCGCCAAGGAGGCUGUCCUCGACCAGACCAACCAGCUGUACAGGAACGCGGCGCAGUGA